AUGUUGUCGUCGGCCGACCCCUCCGUCCACACCAACUACAGCGCCGGGAGCCCGAGACUGAAAGCGUGCCUGUCCGACAUGAGCGUGGGCAACUCGCGCUUCUUCACGUACCAAGAAAUGUACCAGAUCACCGACGGCUUCUCGCCGCGCAAUUUGCUCGGCCAAGGAGGGUUCGGGUCGGUGUACAAGGGCCGGCUGCCCGAAGGGAAAGACGUGGCUGUCAAGCAGCUGAGGGAUGGCAGUGGGCAAGGGGAGCGCGAGUUCCAAGCCGAGGUGGAGAUAAUCAGUCGGGUGCAUCACCGGCAUUUGGUGUCUCUCGUGGGGUACUGCAUUGACAAUAGCCAAAGGCUGCUCGUCUACGAUUUCGUGUCGAAUGACACCCUGCAUUAUCAUCUCCACGGCCAUCCAAGGAUAAUCCACCGAGACAUCAAAUCCUCAAACAUUUUGUUGGAUAAUAACUUUGACGCACUGGUGGCCGAUUUUGGUCUUGCAAGACUGGCUUUGGAUGCUGUAACACAUGUAACUACACGGGUUAUGGGGACAUUUGGAUACAUGGCUCCAGAGUAUGCAUCGAGUGGCAAAUUGACUGAGAAAUCUGAUGUGUUCUCUUUUGGUGUUGUACUUUUAGAGCUUAUGACUGGUCGAAAGCCUGUUGAUUCAUCCAGACCAUUGGGUGAUGAGAGCCUUGUUGAGUGGGCUAGACCAUUGCUUAGUCGAGCUCUUGAGACGGGAAAGCUGGAAGGGUUAGUCGACCCCAGGCUUGAGAGGAAUUUCAAUGAGGUCGAAAUGUUCCGUAUGAUUGAGUCUGCAGCAGCCUGCAUUCGACACUCGUCAUCAAAGAGGCCCAGAAUGAGCCAGGUGGUGCGGGUCCUCGAUAGCUUAGCGGAUAUUGACCUAACAAACGGUGUCCAGCCAGGGCAAAGCGAGCUCUUCAACGUGGCAAACACCGCGGAUAUCAGGAUGUUCCAGCAGAUGGUGCAGGGCAACCAGGACGACAGUUCCGCCUUCAGCCAAUAUAGCUGGAUCAGUCGCAGUAGGGCCGACGCCGAAGCGACCUCCUCAAACUCCCGGAUCUUGUGA